UGGGAAGGUCUAGGCCAGCUAGGUACAGUAAUAAGACUCUGAUUCGGCUAUAUUAAACAACCUAUCUUACAUCUGGGCGCAGCUUACACUUCUAAAAAUGGGUCAUUCUAGUUGAGGAAGUUUUUAGAUACAGGCCAGGUUGGUUUAAGGUUGGCUGUUUUGGUCCCAGUCUGAUAGUGUCUGAGGGAGUGCCAGUCAGUCACACAGAUGUGGACAGUAAGUCGAUGCUAGAGGCUGUAAAUCAUUAGUGUGAUGGGGUUAUGUAGACAAAGGUCAGAGCAGAGAAUGAAAAGAGUGUUCCCUAGCUGACUUAGAUUCCUGGCUGCCAUUGACUCAUUAUUAUCCUAGAGAUCAACAGUGUUGAGGGGAGGAAGCCAGGCAGCGGUUAAAGUUUACAGGUUACAGCUGCAGCUUUACUACGCUACAACACCCAGCCAUGAGAGGAGGCCGUGGCUCAGCAUGAGAGGCUAUGAGGAUAACACAGCCUUCCUGGGGGAGUGGGGACCCUUUCAACAGACUGUCUUCUUUCUGCUCUGUGCCAGCACCAUUCCCAACGGAUUCAGUGCCUUCUCCGUCAUCUUUCUAGGGGACAGCCCCCCGCACCACUGUUUUGUCCCAGACUCGGGCAACCUGAGCGAGGCAUGGAGGAAGGCCAUCAUUCCCAUAGAGGUGGUGAACGGACAGGAGGAGGAGAGMAAGUGCAGCAGAUACAGGCUGGAUGUGGUCAGAAACCUGUCUGCUCUGGGCUACAUCCCUGGCCUGGACGUCAACCUCACUGGGGUGGAGCAGGAGGGCUGUGUGGAUGGAUGGAGCUACAGCAAAGAUAUAUACCAGUCCACCAUAGUCACUGAGUUUGACUUAGUGUGCAAUGACAAAUGGAAGCAGCCAUUCACUUCCUCUGUGUACUUCCUUGGGGUGCUGUGUGGCUCCUUCUUCUCUGGACAGCUCUCUGACCGGUUUGGGCGAAAGCCUGUCCUUUUUGUGACCAUGGCAGUCCAGACACUCUUUACCUUUGUUCAAGUCUUUUCUCAGUCCUGGGAAAUGUUCUCAGUCCUCUUCUUCAUUGUGGGACUGGGGCAAAUAUCCAACUAUGUGGCAGCGUUCGUAUUGGGCACAGAAAUCUUGACGGCCAAAGUGCGUGUCCUAUACGUUACACUGGGGGUGUGUCUGUUCUUUGCCUUCGGCUACAUGAUGCUGCCUCUCCUGGCAUUCUUCAUCCGGGACUGGAGGUCGCUCCUUCUGGUUAUGUCCGUGCCUGGCCUGGUAUACAUCCCCCUCUGGUGGUUCAUCCCAGAGUCCCCCAGGUGGCUGCUCUCUCAGGGAAGAGUGGAGGAGGCAGAGGCCAUACUGAGAGAUGCUGCCAGGAGGAACAGAGUCACAGCACCAGAGGUCAUCUUUGAGGAGUCAGAGGGUGAAGAGAAACCUAAACCUGAGGAACAUCACAGUCCUCUGGACCUCCUGAAGACUAGCAACAUUCGUCAAAUCACCCUCAUAUUGGCUCUAGUGUGGUUCACCCUGAGUAUGGGCUACUUCGCCAUAUCCCUGAACACAUCCCGUCUCCAUGGAGACCCCUACGUGAACUGUUUCAUCUCUGCUGCCAUCGAGGUGCCUGCUUACGCCAUCAGCUGGCUCUUCUUGCGCUACCUACCCAGGAGGAUAUCUGCCUCUGCUAGCAUGCUGCUAGGAGGGGGAGCGCUCUACUUCAUCCAGCUGGUACCGCCAAGUCUACCUAGCCUAUCCAUAGCCCUGGAGAUGUUGGGUAAAUUUGGCAUGGCCAUUGGUACUGCACUGAUGUAUGCCUACACUGGAGAGCUGUAUCCCACAGUGAUCAGGAACACUGCGUUAGGCUCCUGUGCCAUGAUCUCUCGGGUAGGCAGUAUCAUCGCUCCCUACAUCAUGACCUUGAGUACCUAUUAUAAGUAUUUGCCAUACAUUGUACUGGGGAGUCUUCUUGUGCUGUCAGCUAUGGCCAUUCCCCUUUUACCAGAGAGCUUUGGCCAUCCUCUACCAGAGACCAUUAAGCAGAUGCACAAACGAGAGUGGCUAAAGUGCCCAUCUCUGAAGAGGAUGAGACCUGAACAGCCCAAUGAUGAAGCCAAAUGACACUAGAUUGUGAUUACUUUAUAACUGCUUUGAAAAUACACUAAAAGUAUGUGGACACCGUUUCAAAUGACUGGAUAUGGCUUUUUCAGCCACACCGGUUUCUGACACGUGUAUACAACUGAGCACACAUCCAUGCAAUCUCCAUAAACCUACAUUGGCAGUAGAAUGGCCCUUACUGAAGUGCUCAAUUACUUUCAACGUACCACCUUUCGCCCAGGAUACCACAAGUCAGUUAGUCAAAUUUCUGCCCUGCUAGAGCUGCCCUGUUCAACUGUAAGUGCUGUUAUUGUGAAGUGGAA